AUUUUUCCUCACAUUUUUGGUAGAGAUGUAUCCCUUCUGUAGGUUUCAUUCGUUGGCAGAGUUUGAUGAGGGAAAGCGAAGCUGCAGGAAACGUUUAGAUGGCCAUAACCGGCGGCGAAGGAAGCCUCAGCCUGAUUCUCUUUCCAGAAAUUCUGGAAUGACUGUUUCUAAUCAACAAGGUACAAUGCUUUUGUCAUUCAGCAAUCCACAAAUAUUCCCUAGUGCCGGUGGAACCUCCACUUGGGCUGGGCCUGUCAAAGCUGAGAAUGAGACAGUGCUAUACAAUAGACAGUCACCCUUGAGCUGCAUUGACCGACGCAACCCAUUUCCUGAAUCUUCCGCUCACAGCUACAGAGGAGUAAACCAGUUUCAAUUCUUGCAACAAGAUACUGACCACAUUCUCCCUGAAGCUUCCGUUUGUCAAUCACUUCUUGAUCCCCAUUCUGCAUCAGCAAUCACUUGCAGCAGCCAAAGAAUGUUCUGUGAUGGGUUAAAUCGAAUGGUUGACUCUGAUGGUGCUCUCUCUCUUCUGUCAUCAGCACCGGCUAUAACUAGGGAGAUUGGUUUGAGCCCCAUGGUGCAGCCUGACCCCGAAUUGCAGGCACAGUCCUUGAUCCAUAACCUGCAGUAUAGCAGUAUAGAUCAGUACGCUUGCACACAAGAAAUGGAAAUCAAGCCUGUAGUUUCUGCUACCGACUCUGGCAAUAGCCAUGAUGCCACCCUGUGUUUCCAGGGAAUGUUUCAGAAUGAACCUGAUGGGUCUUCUGCAAGUGGAUCUCAUCAAACCCUGAUAUUUUGGUGGGAGUAAUUUGUGACAGUUUCACUUGACCUCCUUUGCCAUCCAAUUAGUUGAGUUUUGCAAGAUCAAGCAUGUUCAUAACUUCUUGACGAUGAAUGUUGUAAUUCUAGAUGUCGGACUAUCAGAGAAAUAUGCACGAUUUCCUUUCACAUUGUCCGCUCCAUCUUCGGCUCUUAAGCACAAAAUUGAAGAUGCUGCUCUACUAAUCCAAUUGGGCUAUCUUCACCAUUGGAUGGGCUGAUGCACUACAUCUAUUCUUCAAUUUGUAUCUCAAAAUAAGCAACCUCUCCUAUUUUGUGCAAUGUUUGUCUGUGUGUCCUGAAGUAUUAAGUGUUAUUUGCAUAACAUAACAUCGAUUCAAUGGGA